CCAAUAUUCAAUUCGGGUGCGUUUCGUUCGGGAAUAUUUCGGAUUUGUCAGUUUAGAUAAAGUGUUUAGACAACGCGCAUUAUAAUUUUAUUUGUAUUGUGCAACGAAAGUGAGAACUUAAUUAUUCAUCCUACGAAGUACUUUAUUCUAAAUAACGAAAUCGAUCCGAACGAAAAACGGAACCAAAUUGAAUAAAUAUAAAAAAAUACCCAGGAACGAAGUCGAGACAAGACGAAAAUUGAAUAGAAUCUACGGCAGCGUUACGGGUUCGAUAAAUUAAUUCGAAUUUAGAAUUAAAGCGAAAUUCAAUAGAGUUCAACAGAAAUUUCAUAUUUUAAAUCAAAUAAAAAGAAAACAACAAAUUAAACUUCAAAAUGGCAGCAUUACAACAACGUAAACUUGUUCACAAGCAAUUCAACUCACCAAUGGGAUUGUAUUCAGCUCAAAAUGUCAAAGAGACUCUGGAUCGGGAACUCAAAGCAUUCGGUCAAGAUGGGAUCGAAGUAGAUGAUACACUUCUUAAGCCAUCCAACUUGGCUAACUCGGCUGUCUUAAGGGCACUCGAGGAAGAAGAAAAUGAGCAACAAGGUGGUUAUAAACGUGUUGCCUGGCCACCCGUGUCGGAAGGUAGAACAGUAAGAGAAUUUACUCCACAACCUGUGACACAGCAACAACCAUCACAUCAGCAAUACCAACAGCAACCACUUCAGCAGCAGCAGUCAAACUAUCAAAGACCUGGAGCAUCCCCAGUUCCGGCAGCUAACCAGGGUGGUCAUUAUCAACCAUCAUAUCCAAUUCAGCAAGAGCAACAAUCAUCACCAUUAUCGUCACAGCAAAAUAAUCCCCAGGAGCCAUAUUAUUUGCAACAGAGACCCUCCCAAGCACCAGCAGCUGGCAAUGCCAGUUCGACUGUGUCCUUUAGAGGUGGAGUAGCAAGUCCAGUUUACAAUACACCAAAGCCUAAUCCCCAUCAGCAGCAACAAUACCAACAACAACCCCAAUACUCACCUCAAUCCCAACCCAAUCCUCCUCAAUCUUAUCAACAACAACAGCACCAUUAUCAAGCUCCCUCAACUCCGGAACCACAACAAUACCAAGCCCCAGCUGAUAAUAAUCAGCAACAAGGAGGCCAUUAUCAACAACAGCACCUUGAUGAACCAAACCGUGGUCGUUGGGGUCACGUAGCAUCGCCUGUACCCCAGCGAACUGGCUACGUUCAGAACUAUCAACCCAACACCGCUGCCGCCGCCAUCAACAGACAGCUUUCCCAACCACCCCAAUCGUUCGAAUCCGAACAACCAACAAACUUUGGAUCCCAACAGCAUCAGCAGAACCAUUAUGGGGCAUCAUCUGUACCACAAGUGAAUCAGAGUUACGAUCUCCAACCGUCCUGCGGACCUCCUCAACAGCAGCAGAAUAAUUUUGCUCCUGCUCCUUAUGCUCCUGCUACUGCUGUUCCACAACAGUACUAUCAGGCGCAUCAGCCACCCCAACCGCAGCAAUAUAGUCAGACAUCUCAACCAAUUGACAACCAUUAUAAUUACUAUUCACAGCCCGAGCCGCAACAGCAAUACCAGCAACAGCAAUUGCAACAGCAGCAAUACCGCGGUGAGAGUCCUGGCAUCAUAACAUUGCGCAAGGAAGCCCCGAUCACCCAGCAACCAGCACCAGUUUAUACAUCACAACCAGCCGCCGCCAGCUUUAGAGGAGGCUCAAACAUGCGUGGAGAUUUGAAGUGGCCACCACCAGAAUACAAAGAGCAGGCAGUGGUUGAAAAUGAAGAGCGUCGUAGAAUAGCCCAAGGACCAAUUUGCCGGCCACGACGCAUCAAUAAGGACUACACCCAGUUCUUCGCUAAGAAUGCCCUCAGCCAUCACUAUCCAAGCUACAAAACACCACCGGGCACUCAACACAUUUACAGCAGCUACUAAACAACGGACAACGACUAUGGACGACAUUAAAUGACUUAAAUUUAUUUUACUAACCAACUAAAAAUCAAAAAAACAAAAACGAAAAAAAUACUCUAACCCAAUGCAAGUUUUUAAAAAAUACAAAAAAAAUACCAAAACCAACCAAAUAAAAAAAUACUAACCAACUUACA